AUGGGUACUAGGGCGAAGCAGAGGAGCCUUACCGGGCAGCGGCAAGUACUCUUUCCCUUCCUGCUGCCUUUGUUCUGUGGGGGGCUCUCUGAGCAGAUCCGUUACUCUAUUCCUGAAGAAAUGACCAGGGGCUCAGUAGUAGGGAAUCUUGCUGAAGACCUGGGGCUGCAUGUACAGGAUUUACUGAACCGUAACCUGAGAGUUAGUGCAGAGAAGCAAUACUUUACAAUAAACACAGAGAAUGGCAACAUACUUGUCAGUGACAGAAUAGAUAGGGAGUCGCUCUGUUCCCAAAGCACCCUGUGUGUGGUGCCCCUAGAGAUCGUGGCAGAGAAUCCUCUAAAUGUUUUUCACAUAACAGUGAGGAUAGAAGAUAUAAAUGAUAAUCCACCGUAUUUCCCCCAAAAUAGCAUUGUUUUACAAAUCAAUGAACUUGCAAUUCUAGGAACUCGGUUUGGUCUGGAAUCCGCUAUAGAUGCAGAUGUAGGACCUAAUUCACUCCAGAGUUACCAACUCAGCUAUAAUGAGUAUUUCUCUCUGAUGGUGAAGGAUAAGACUGAAGGCAGGAAUGCCCCAGAAUUAAUUUUGGAGAAGCCCCUGGACCGGGAACACCAGAGCUCCCAUCUUCUGGUUCUGACCGCACUGGAUGGGGGUGACCCAGUCCGAAGUGGCACCAUUCAAAUCAGGAUUGAGAUCACUGAUGCCAACGAUAAUCCCCCAGUGUUCAGUCAGGAUGUGUACAAAGUUAGCCUUCCAGAGAACUUGCCCUUGGGCACCUCUGUGCUAAAGGUGACAGCCAUUGAUCAGGAUGAGGGCAUCAAUGCAGAGAUCACCUACUCCUUCAAAACACUAAGAGAUAUUGGAAAUAUGUUUAUGCUAGACCAUCAAAAUGGGGAAAUUAAAUCCAAAGGUCCCAUAGACUUCGAAAUCAGUAGUAGCUAUACCAUGAGCAUAGAAGCCAAGGAUGGUGGAGGCAUGGCCACUGAAUGUAAAAUUAUAAUAGAAAUUUUAGAUGAGAAUGACAAUGCCCCAGAGGUUAUUUUCACUUCAGUGUCUAAUUCCAUAACCGAGGACGCAGAACACGGGAUGGUGAUUGCUCUGUUCAAAACACAUGACAAAGAUUCAGGCGAAAAUGGAGAAGUCACAUGCCUCAUAAAAGAAAAAGUUCCUUUCAGAAUUGAAUCUUCUGCCAAUAAUUACUACAAGCUUGUAACAGAUGGGUCUCUGGACCGGGAGAAGACUCCUUCAUACAAUGUCACCAUCACAGCCACAGACAGGGGAAAGCCACCUCUUUCCUCCAGUUCUAGUAUCAUUCUGCACAUCGCAGAUGUCAACGACAAUGCACCAGUUUUUGAACAGGCUUUCUAUUUGGUCCACAUUGCGGAGAACAACCCUCCUGGAGCCUCCAUUGCCCAAGUCAGCGCCUCCGACCCCGAC